GUGAGGGAUAGGGGAAGGAAGGCGAGCGUGAGUGUUGCAGCACCGCCACCUUUCCAUCUGUGAGAUGCCCGAUUUGGGGACAUCGAUUGGUGUAGCUCAACGUUGCCCUCGGCCCAUCCACUCUCGAUACCUUCUUCCUUUCUCUCCAUCUAAUACCACAUGCACGCAAUCCAGCAACAAUUCUUCGCAGUGCGCGACUAUCUCAGCCCCGUCCUGAGAGAGAGCAAGUUCAAGGAGCAUGGGCGUAUCACACCUGAGGAGUUCGUCGCUGCGGGCGACUUCCUCACAUACAAGUUCCCCGUCUGGACAUGGGAAAAGGGCGACACGUCCAAAGCGCGCGACUUCCUCCCCACCGACAAACAGUACCUCAUGACCCGCGGCGUGCCCUGCCUGCGGCGCGCCCAGUCUCUCGCAUACACCGACGCAGACGAGGAUGCUGAGCGCCUGCUCUCUUUCGGCGAGUCCGGGGCUGGCGCUGGCGGCACAGGCGACGAGUGGGUCGAGACGCAUGCGGGGCGCAAGGCGACGCAGGACUCGGCCGCGAACCCAGGCGUGAUCGACGAUAUCCCGGACUUAGACGGCGACGGCGACGAGGACGGGGUCGGCGGGAUCACGGGCGCGAUGGGCGAUGCGUCGCUUGGUGGUGCGGGCGCGGGCGGGAAGGUCGAUGAGACGCCGGACUUGGAUGAUAUUCCGGAUAUGGAGGAGGAGGAUCUGGAGGAGGGAGACGACGCGACGGCGGCGCCGACGAAGACGUCGGGGAUACCCACGGGCGGGGGCGUUAUUGAUGCAUCUCAGGUGGAAGUCGCGAAAGGGAACCUGCUGCAAGUGCGGACGUACGACGUCAUGAUCACCUACGACAAGUACUAUCAGACACCCCGGAUCUGGCUGAUCGGCUAUGACGAGAACGGCGCACCGCUCACGCCAUCGAAGAUUUUCCAAGACGUCUCGGCCGAGCACGCGCUCAAGACGGUCACCAUCGAGCCGUUCCCGCACUCGAACACGCUGCAGGCCGCGUCCGUGCAUCCGUGCAAGCACGCGAGCGUGAUGAAGAAGGUGAUCGAGCGCAUGAACGCAGGUGUCGUCGAGGAGCAGCUCGCAGCGCGGAAAUCGGGCGGCAGGGAUACCGGUGCCAGUGCCGCCGGUACAGCGGGCGGUAAGAAGAAGUGGGGAUUCGGGCGGAAGAGCGCGGGUAAAGACGAUAAGGGCGCAGUAGCCGGGGAGGAGGAAGAGAUCGAGGGCAUGCGGGUCGACUUCUAUCUCGUUGUUUUCCUCAAGUUCAUCGCUUCGAUUGUGCCGACGAUUGAGGUGGACUCGACGACUGCAUUCUGAUCGCGCGUGCACAACCGCAGUCUCGGGCGCUUUUCGGAGAUGCUUUUGGAGGACUGGUGCGGUUAUGCUGUCGUCGAUGUUGCAUUCGUGAUGCUGGAAAAUUGUAAGCGUAUGUAAGGUUUUUGGUAUUGUAACAUAGAAUGUAUUACUUGGACAUAUGACCUUCGAGGACUGCA